AUGUUGCUCACCUCUAUCCGAAGAGUUGGCCUACCCCCUCGGCCUACUUUAAUGAUAUCGCGCCUACAAAGGCUUCAAGAGAAGAGGAUUGUCCUCGCAGGCGGAGGGGUAACCGUUGUUGCCAUUGGGCUUCUGUGGACAUCAGGCCCCGGAGACCGGGAUCCCAUUGACCCCCGUGAUGCUUCUGCUCUCUCCAAAGUUCCUUUCAGCAAAUUAUUCGCUGGCUGGAUAGCUUUUGCAUUCUGCUCUUCUCCAACAUGGGUUGAUAUGAGUGAAACGCUCUACGCUGUCGUAUCCAAGAUUCCUAUCAUGUCCUCUAUCGCACAUUCGUUUGUGAUGGGGACUUUCUUCACCCAAUUUCUUGGCGGAGAAACGACCGAGGAAUGUACGCCUAAGAUCAAGGCUUUGCGAAAAGAAAGCAUCGGAACACUCCUGGGAUACAACAUUGAAGCAGAGCUGGAUGGAUCGAGAAAAGACCCCAAUCUCAUCCGAGCCCAGACUGAAGAGGUUCUGGCGUCGAUUGAAUCCCAAGCAAGGCUUGCGAGGGAAUUUUACCCAGACACAAGUACAACCAACGGAGACAACCGCUCCUGGGUGCGGAUAAAGGUUACUGGUCUUAUACCUUGCCCUGUUGCUCUUCUACAUGGCUCUGAUGCAAUCUUGGAGGCAAGAAGAGCAAAGGGGCUUGAUCUGGAUGUACCAUACCCUGGGCUACCUCAUGAUGGAGAUUGGGAGGCGGCAGUAAACGGUGUUGCUCCCGUCGACCGUGAGCAACUUCUCAAUUUGUACGGGACCCUCGAUAAGAUCAUGAGAAAGGCCCGGGAAAGCAAUAUCCGCGUUGUGAUUGAUGCGGAGCAAACUUGGUACCAGCCUGUUAUUGACAGUCUCACGGACAGAUUUAUGCAGAUUUAUAACACCUUGGAUGGGGAUAGGCCGGCAACUUGCAUUGCCUCAUUCCAAGCAUACCUCAGGAGAUACCCGCAGCUCCUCAACCAGCAGAUUCUCCGGGCAAAUGAGAAAGGGUACAAGUUGCUCUUCAAACAGGUUAGAGGAGCAUAUAUCAAGACGGAAGGUGAGAGGUGGGCAAAAGAAGGUCGCCACGGCCCAGGGCCCGUUUGGGCGAGUAAGGAGGAGACAGAUGCCAGCUUCAACUACGGCAUAGAGAAGGCACUUUCAGUCAUUCGCAGCCAGAUUAAGGAAACCGGCUCAUCGCGUCUUUGCGCUGUAUUUGCCACUCAUAAUUCUUACAGCGUCGACUUGGGUAUACACCUUCUUGAAAAGUAUGGCAUGGUGGAGAGAAAGACCACCGACGGGAAGUUGAUCAUACCAAACGAGGUCGCGGGAAGUAUUUCCUUUGGACAGAUCUACGGAAUGAAAGAUGAUCUGACGAAUAAGAUUUCUGGGUCUAUUACAACACAAGACGGAUUUCCUCUGGUGGUUAAGUCCAUGAGCUAUGGCGAACUGAAAGAAUGUUUGCCUUUUCUAGCAAGAAGAGCGACUGAAAACAAAGCAGUUCUUGAAGGGAGAGGUGGUGCUAGUGCUGAGAGAAUCAGAUUAGGUGGCGAGCUCAGAAGACGUUUUCUACCUUGGGCUUCAUAA